UAUCAACAACUUGUUGCGGCUUGAAUUACACGUGAAGAGAACUCAAAGCAUAACGAUUUUGUGCUUGACAGGAUUACGCAGCAAAAAUCGCAAGAAGCAGCAACAAGCAGAAGCGCGCAAUUAUUUAACUGCAAAAUAAUUAGUAAAAAUAAUAUAAAAAUGUGCCCGCCGUAUCGCUUGAUCUGCCUAACGAUCCUGCUAAUUGCACUGGCUGCGGCACGUCCGCAGCACAAUUUGCAGCACAUUGCCGUACUGGAGAAUGCCGCCUGGGAGCAAACGUUGCCGCAACAACUGCAGAAUCCCUUCUACAAGACGCCACGCGUCCGGGAGGCCCUAGCCCGAUCCAGCUGGUUUGGUCCCGGCGAGCAGGUGGUUCUUGAACGCCAGGCGGAAAAAAUACCGCGCAUGGAAAUCUACAAUGUGCUCUCACACGCAGGUCUCAUACCACGUCGCAAAUAUUUCUAAACAACUUUCGAUUUACGAUUUGUUACAUUUUACAUAAAAUAUCAGAAAAUAUUAAAGCUAUAGUCAUUAA